GUGGGACGGGACACAUCAUUCUUUAUCUCAGUCUUGGACGCUUCAGUUGUUUUAAGAUGUUGAUUUUAAUUUUGUCAAUGUGUUUUGUGGCCGCUUUCGGAGCGGAAUAUACUUUGCUAGGCGAAUGCCCUGAUGUUAAGUUGCAGGAAAAUUUGGAUCAUACUAAGUUUGCAGGUCUAUGGUACACAGUAGCCAGCUACGCCAGCGAUGGUCGCGACAUCUAUGACUGCUCGACUCUGGAGUUCCUAGAAGACAACCUGGGCUACAUGUUCAAGGAAACCUAUGUGCAGCUAGACCAGGGCAAUAGGACCCAGAAGACGUAUCAGGCCAGAGUAGACCCGACCUUCGAUGCUGGGAAUAAAGCUCAGUUUAUAAUGAGCCAUGAAGCUGGAGACAAAGUCCUCCAGUUCCCGUUCUUCAUCCUGUCUACUGACUAUGAGGGCUACGCUAUUGCUUACACUUGUAAAUGGCUGAAAGAAAAGAUCAGGAAACAUUACGUAUUCACGUGGGUGCUAACCCGCGGCAAGGAAAAGCUUCAAGGAGAAUUGCUGAAAAAAGUUGAAAAUACGUUGUCAAAAUACACUGAUCUGGCUGAGAAUAGACAAUCAUUUGUCUUCAAGGACUUUUCUGACGCCAGCUGUGCUUACACCAAGAAAUUCGAAACCGACUUCUUUACCAGUAAUUUCUGGUAAAAUUGUAUAAAAAAAAUAAAAUUAGACUGUGAUUAAAGAUGUAUGGAAUAUUGUUUAA